UUUCUUAUUACUAAAGUUAUUCUUUACUAUCGCACGACGAUUCACGUGAAGCUUAACACGCAAAAACACUUGAGAAUAAGCAAACUUCAAUCCUUUAAAAACUUCCGGAAACUUUGUCAUAUAUGAGCACUACAUACGCCUAAGAAUGUAGAGAAACCACACAUAUAUCCACCGCCAUUAAAAUAUUUAAAUAAUAUGUGUGGGAAUACUUGAUUCUAUUGUGAGUUAAAGAAACAAAACUCAACAAUUACUUAAGGAUAUGGAACCAACAAAUUAGUUAAGAGAACAAACUAAUAAUUUAGCCUUUAAAUUAUGUUUGUAGGGAACAUUGAUAGCCUCAGCAAAAUGAAGCUUACUCCCUCCAAAUAUAUUUUAUAUUCUGUCACUAGUUUGAAUUAAAACUAGAGCAUGCAUCCACCUUAGUAUCUAUGAUGCGAAUCCAUCAUCAUCGAUUACUAUCAGUAUCCAAAUUAAAUUUCCUUGACAAAAUCAAUGUGAUCCAAACUUUACACUUUUCCACUAUUUUACAUCAAUUUCUUCAACCAAAUGACUCCGACAUUCCUCCAAUCACCGAACAACGAAAAAUUGGUCGUGAAUUGGCUAAAUUAUUGCAAUUCUCAUGUCCAAACAUUCCAAUCCCUUGUUAUAAGAAAAUCCACGCCAAAAUUGUGGUGUUGGGUUUUCAUCAACACGAUAUUUUCCUUAUUAACACCCUCUUACAUGCUUAUUCGAAACUGAACUUAGUAAGCGAUGCACAGAAGCUGUUUGAUGUUAUGCCUCAUAGAAACCUUGUUACUUGGUCUUCAAUGGUUUCUAUGUACACUCAGCGCGGUUACAGUAUUGAAGCAUUGGUGUUGUUUUGCAAGUUCAUGAGAAGUUGUAAUGAGAAACCAAAUGAAUAUAUUUUAGCUAGUGUUGUGAGAGCUUGCACGCAAUUGGGUUGUCUCGACCAUGCUCUUCAGGUGCAUGGUUUGGUUGUUAAAGGUGGAUAUGUUCAUGAUGUUUAUGUGUGUACCUCUUUGAUUGAUUUUUAUACCAAGCAUGGUUGUAUCGAUGAUGCAAGGUUGCUUUUUGAUGGCUUAGAAGUGAAAACCACUGUCACAUGGACUACUAUCAUUGCAGGGUAUGUGAAACAAGGAAGAAGUGAACUGUCUUUAAAAUUGUUUAACCGAAUGAGAGAGGGUGGUGUUUGUCCUGACAAAUAUGUACUUUCAAGUGUUUUAAGUGCUUGUUCGAAUCUUGAGUUUCUUGAAGGGGGGAAGCAAAUUCAUUGCUAUGUAUUAAGGAGAGGCAUUGUCAUGGAUGACUCAAUGGUCAAUGGAUUUAUAGAUUUUUACUUUAAGUGUCACAAAGUGGAGUUGGGUAGGAAGUUAUUUGAUCGGAUGGUAGACAAAAGUGUAGUUUCGUGGACCACAAUGAUUGCUGGUUUCAUGCAAAAUUCAUUCCAUCGGGAUGCCCUUGACCUGUUUGUUGAAAUGGCUAGAAUGGGUUGGAAACCUGAUGCAUUUGGUUGCACGAGCGUUCUGAAUUCGUGUGGUUCACUUUUGGCUCUGGAAAAGGGAAGACAAGUGCAUGCUUAUGCUAUCAAGGUCAAUAUCGAUAAUGAUGAUUUUGUGAAAAAUGGUUUGAUUGACAUGUAUGCCAAAUGUGAUUCCUUGACUGAUGCAAGAAAAGUUUUUGACCUUAUGGCUGCUAUUAAUUUAGUAUCUUACAAUGCAAUGAUAGAAGGAUACUCAAGACAAGACAAGCUGUGUGAAGCAUUGGAUCUUUUUCGAGAAAUGAGGCUAAAUUUAUUUCCACCAACUCUAUUAACGUUUGUAAGCCUUCUUGGGGUAGCUGCAUCAUUAUAUCACCUGGAGUUAAGCAACCAAAUCCAUGGCCUGAUUAUUAAAUAUGGGGUUUCUUUAGAUGAAUUUUCCGGAAGUGCUCUAAUAGAUGUUUACUCAAAAUGUUCACGUGUUGCGGAUGCACGACUAGUUUUCGAAGAGAUACAGGACAAAGACAUUGUAGUAUGGAAUGCGAUGUUUUCUGGGUACACCCAACAUUUGGAAAAUGAGGAGUCUCUCAAACUUUACAAAGGUUUACAAAUGUCAAGACUAAAACCCAACGAGUUCACUUUUGCUGCUGUAGUCACCGCAGCAAGUAAUAUAGCAAGUCUGCGACAUGGUCAGCAGUUCCACAACCAUGUCAUAAAGCUAGGUUUUGACGAUGACCCCUUUGUCGCAAACGCUCUAGUUGAUAUGUAUGCCAAAAGUGGAAGCAUCGAAGAGGCUCACAAAGCAUUUAGCUACACAAAUCGGAAAGACAUUGCAUGUUGGAAUUCGAUGAUUGCAACUUAUGCUCAACAUGGAGAAGCGGAAAAAGCUCUUCAGGUGUUUGAACAUGUGAUUAUGGAGGGAGUGAAACCAAAUUAUGUCACCUUUGUUGGUGUUCUAUCAGCAUGUAGCCAUGCUGGACUUCUUGACCUUGGAUUUUAUCACUUUGACUCAAUGUCUCAAUUUGGAAUUGAACCGGGAAUUGAGCAUUAUGCAUGCAUGGUUUCUCUCUUGGGCCGUGCUGGUAGAGUAUAUGAAGCUAAAGAAUUUAUCGAGAAGAUGCCAAUAGAACCAGCAGCAGUUGUAUGGAGGAGCCUGCUCAGUGCAUGCAGAGUUUCUGGUGAUGUUGAACUGGGAACAUAUGCAGCUGAGAUGGCAAUUUCAUGUAACCCAGCAGACAGUGGAUCAUAUGUAUUACUUUCAAAUAUAUUUGCAUCAAAAGGUAUGUGGGCAAAUGUCAGAAGGUUGAGGGAAAAAAUGGACAUAAGCGGCGUCGUAAAAGAACCAGGUUGUAGUUGGAUUGAAGUGAAUAAUGAAAUCAACAAGUUUAUUGCCAGAGACACAGCACAUCGUGACUCCACUCCCAUAUCUUUAGUUUUAGACAAUUUGCUUCUACAGAUCAAGGGAUUUGGUUAUGUGGCAAACACUGAUGCACUUUUGCUAGAUGAUUGAGAUGAAUCAACCUGUGGUAAUAUUACAAUCAGCCUAGCUUUUAAACUGCCCAAGCUUUUAAACAUAAAUCUAACAGUACUACAGUAGCACCGAGUGAGUGAUGUCUUGCAAUGAUGGCAAGAGGGUUUAAACAAUGUGGAAUUGGUUCUAUUAUAAUGCUCUCUGUACACCAAAAUCUGAGAGGUUUGGCAAGAACCUUUACUAAAAAAGAAAGCUUCCACAAGAAUUUGGUUUUAUAUUUUGAAUCUAGAACGUUUUCUUUUUUUGGAAAAAGAGAUAUUUGGAAGUGGCACAAGAAGAGGAUUGUCUUGGAGACACUGGUGAGUAGUUGAACCACAAGAAGGGCACAGGAAGAGGAUUGUCUUUGAGACACCUAUGAGUAGUGAGCCUUCUGCCAAGGGAGAAGAAUGCAAUUAUCAUUAACUUUCUUUCUUGGUUGUUUCAAGCGGCAAUACAUCCUGAGACAACUAUUGCUUGGAGGCUUGAUUUGGAGAGGAGAGGAUGCUCAUUUAUUGGGUUGGGGACACAUCAUUCGAUGUAGAUACAGUGCGGAGAAUCGUGCAGUUUCAAUCGAUUAAGCACAUACCAUCUCAGUGAAGCUUUUUAAAUCAUGUUCAUAUGUUGCAUAGUUGUAUAUAUGCAAUGGAAAAUAUUUGUCAUUCUUUCUUGAUUGUUGUGAAACUUCCAUUGAAUGUUUAGUAUCAUGUCAGCUAUCAUACUACAUUGGCUUCUUUCAAGCAGCAAUAAACAUAGUUUUGGGCUUCUUUAUUUAUGACAUAAUAAUUUUGGCUUUA